AUGGCCAUGUCACAAGGCAAGAAGUUCCGGUCUGGCCUUGAUGACGGCAACGUUGACAUAUCGUCAAAGAAGAACAAAAAGAAGAAGGCCGACGAAGAGGAGUCCGAGGCGGAUAAGAAGAGAGGUUCUACUGAGGUGCCCAGAAUUCGUCCUGGAGAGGACUUCCGAUCUUUUGCGGCCCGCGUCGACGCCGCCCUGCCCGUGUCAGGACUGACAAGGAAGACUGUUGUCAAGGACGGCAAGGAUGAGCAGGGUAAUAAAGUGUGGCGGACGCGCAAGGAGAUGAAAAUGCACAAGCUCUACGAACAAUGGCGGGAUGAGGAGCGCAAGAUCCAGAAACAGCGCGAGGAGGAGCUAGAGAAGGAUGCCGAAAAGGAGCUGGAAAAUGACGCCUCGGCCAUGACGGCGGCAUCCUUCAAGCGCUUGAUGGGGCCCGAGGAAGGGGCGACCAAGAAGAAGGGGAAGAAGGGAAGGAGGCGUCGUGGCAGGAACACAGACGAUGAUGAGGAUCCGUGGGCAGAGCUCAAGAAGAAGCGUGCCGAAGCCAAGGUCGGCCUUCACGACGUCGCUGUGGCACCCCCCGAACUCAACAAGAGCAAGACGAGGCAGCUCAAGGUCAAAGAUGGAGCGACCGUCGACGUUGACAGCAUACCCAAGGCUGCGGGCAGUCUGGCACGUCGUGAGGAGCUCCAGCAGCAGAGGAGCGACGUGCUCGAGGCGUAUAGGAAGAUUCGGGAACACGAGCAGGCAAAGCUCACAGGAUGUUCUGUCCCCGAACUACUGCGGGCUAUCCGCCAAAAUUUACAUGACGGCCAUGAUGUUCAGGACAAGUAUGUCGUUGAUAUUGGAGAAUCUAUCACUAUUUGGGCCUGGAUUGUUCGAAGGCAAGAUGUAUCUCUGGGUCCGGAUAGGAAAUACAAUCAUCUCGGCCUUGAAGAUGUCUUGCAACUUUCGGGCUUCUCCACUGCUCCUCAAGAUGGGUCAUUAUCACUGGAGGGCCUCGUCUUCCCCAAGGACAUGAGGGCUGUUGCGGCCCAGGAUGCAAUGUGGGAAUCCAUCACUGGACAUGGUGUCGACUACCGCCGCGUCCCAAGAUCAGAGUGGCUUCUGCUCUUGGGGAUUGCGUCUACCAAGGCCGAUGGAAUUCUGCAGGGCGACCUCGGUCGCCUGGUAGAUCAAGACAAGCGAUCCGUCCCAAAACGAACGGACGCUCUGGUCAAGAAGGGCUACAUCAUCAAACGAACCACCCUCGUCAGGAAAAUGAAAACAAGCAAGAUGUGGCUUGUACAAUUUGCACCUCCACUCAUCAAGGAAGGUGAGACCGUUGAUGGGCCGACGACAGCCGGCAUGGACCUCUCCCAUGCUUUUCUCACUGCCAAUAUCGACCCUGUGCCUUGGCACCAUCGGUGGACCGGUGAGUCAGUCGACUACAUAGCACUUGCCACGACAAUCAUGGCUAUCGCCAAGGCAUGGGGUGUCGUUCGACUGCACGACGUCAAAGCGAAGCUGGCUGUCCUCGAACUGCGGUGGCAGAUGAGGGUCAUCUCAAAGACCUGUCGCUUUCUCAAUGGACGGGGAAAUAUUCAGUAUGUCGCAGCGAGACUGGACGAAAAGGUUUUCAAGGACUGCAUCAAAUAUGUCCGAGACAUGGACCCCCAGGACUGGACCAUGUACCUGGCCACCGGCAAGCGAGGUUCGACAAACUCCCCGGACGACUUCGACGGCCCAGGGCAGCUUAACAGCAGCUUGUCAGUUUUGGCAACGUGCCCACCAUGGACCUCUGAGGAACCCCUCGCCCAGUAUGUUAGCAGGAUGGCCCGGUUCAUGAAAGGAGCAGGCCUUACGAAUCCAGAUAUCUACUCUCUAACCCUUGGCUCUUCCUUUACUCGGUUCAUCGCAUCCUUGACUUCAGCAAUGGCCUCAUCAACAAUCCAGCCGCGCCAUCUAAGACAUCUCCAGCUCAAGAGUGAGCAUGUUCGUGUUGGAAAGGUGGCCUCUUACAAGUAUUCUAUUGCAUCCGACGCCGACGCAGUUAUUCCGCCGGAACUGGUCUGGCCCAAUGCCACACUGGCUGGCUCAUAUGGCUUCGGGUCUCACCAAUUCAAGAAGGCAGAAAUCAAUGGCGCCACUUGCCUGUCCAGAAUAUGCAAGUCGAAAACUUCCCUACGCAAGAAGCGCGGCAGACCUAGGACCCAGAAGCCCGAACCUCGGGAUACCAACCAUGAAUUGGAAGACCAACCACAACAAGCUCCAGAUGUCGAACAACCAGAUACGGUCACCGAGGAGCCUGUUGCUCCUGUUGAAGCAGGAGUAGACACUUGGCAAGUCAAGGACCAAUCAGAGCCCCCACUGGAAGAGACUACUGUCGAUUCCGAAACGGUGGAUGUUACGAUGGAGAAUAUGCCAGUAGCUCCCACCGAUGCAUUGGAACUCAAGGAAGAAGCCCCAGAUGGCGAGCCUGAGAUUUCCGGGGCAGUUUCCGCCGAUGAGGGCAACGCAAGUGGCGUUGUUAAAGCAGACGAAGUGUCAUAUUCCGGCCGCAGGCGUGAACAAGGCCGUGGAAGAGGCCGGGGAAGAGGACGGGGUCGUGGCCGUGGAAGAGGGGGGCGCGGUACUUCGCAGGCAGACAACUCAGUAUCGUCAUCCAGAGCAUACAAGUGCGAAACGUGUGGUGGCUCCUGGAAGAAUGGCAUUGGUCUCAAGUAUCACAUCGAAAAGUCGAAAACGGCUUGCAACCCGUCUUAUGACCCCAAGAGCGAGAUAACCAAGGUGACCAGGCACCUGAAAGCCGAGACCCCACGCGAAACCACCCCUGCUGAGCCUACACUAUCUGGAGAAUCGUCUCAAGUACAAGAAACCAGUACGAGGAGAGAUCCCCAGCCCAGACCAUCCCCAUCGGCUUCGAGGAUCUCGAGAUUGAAGAAGUCUAUUAUCCGGAGAAAUUCUGGCACUCCUGACCGACCCUCAACGGCAGACUCUUCCAUCCGCAAUUACUCGCCAAGAGUAGAGAGACCACGGCGUUCGGAUAGUAUCAAACGUGACAUCAUUUCCGCUUUCUCCACCCCCCAAAUAGGACAAGGGAUUCUGCUUCUAGGAAGCGAGACGAGGAAGCAUAAUGCCUUUGACUUGACGCAGAGUCGCAAGGGAACUCCUUUUGCCAAAAUGGUUGGAGACGAAUCCCACAAUGCUGCUCUUACGACUCGACUAGAUCCUAUGGAAGGCAUUGAGGCACAAGCCAACGGCGACUCUAAUGAUACAGGUGCCAAGGCCGAGCUGCUCCCUGAAGCUUCGACAAAUCUGCAAAGCAGGCCCCUUACGCCUACGCAGCCUGCUGUGAAAACCAUGACCAGGUGGGAGAGGAAUGGGCGGGUUGGAGAACUGAUCAACAUGUUACUGUCAGACCACAAUGGGGUAUACCCUGGCGGGGAAGCUCUAUCACGAACCUUGCGGGUUCUAUGGGACAAGGUGUUUCCUUCGGAACCAUGCCCUACCUUCAAGGAAUUUCAUGCUGGUCUCCGCUGGCUUCUCGGAAGAAAUGAGGUGGCAGAGCACUUUCAUGCCUUCCGUGCGCGCAACGGCAUCUUUGCAAAGGGUCUGGUCAUCAGCCAGCCUGGCAUCGAUGCCUUUGCACCUGAGAUGAUGGAGCUUGUGGAAAAGAUCAAGGAUGUGCACCCCAAGCCAUACAUACCAGAUCAAGUACUGUCUAGCGGAGGCUUUGGCCUCCAUCCCGACGAAGACUAUGUUCACAGCAGACGUCCUCUUCCCAGUGUCAUUUCCAUUCUAGACGCUCCCGUAUACGCGGCGCAGGUUGCGGCAAAGAGAGGACCCGAGGACUCGGAAGAGGACAGCAGGGACAGGAAACGGCGACAGAAGAGAGCACCAUCCGGCAGAGGACGAGGAAGAGGCGGCAGCUUUGGAUGGAUUUCUGAAGUGCAUAGGGCUGCUCGGGGAGACGUAUCUCAGGGCAUGGGACCACUCAUUGGCUCUCAUACUGCAUCGAAGCUACACUUUUUGGAGCCUAACAUGUAUCUGGAAGACGAACCUCCCGGGAACUUGCCAGAAGCAGCCCUCGGCAAAGAUGUGCUCUUGUUGAAGGACAUUGAGAAACUUCUACGACAACAAACCGUUUCCCUGGACGGAGAAUCUCUACCAUCAUUUAUAGUCCCCUCGGGCUUCAUAACAUGCUUCGGAGUUGGUACCUGGCCUAAUCUCGACGUACGCUUCUUCGAGGAGUGUGGCGCAAGUCUUAGCCUACAGGGCUGGUUCCCCACCACCCAGUGGCUCGCCUGGGCAGGUAUCAACGAUGAGAUUGACAAGAGGGCUGGAUCCAAGGCAUCCCAGGGCUUGUACAAUACUGACCCAGGGGAGUUUGAGCACCAGCAAGCUUUUGUUGAUAGGCUGAAGGCCUGCCUCGAGACAGAGCUUGCAUGGGCCGAGGGCUUCGUCUGUGCGCCUCUCGGGGCAGCUGGUCCUCACAACAUGUUUGUCCACUUUUCAUACAACAAUGUAGAGGAUCAGAGGAAGCCGGGCGAUCUCGCAUGGCCUGAUGAUGGUCAGUUGUCCUUGGACAGUAUCGGCAACCUCGUUGAUUCGAGUGUUCAUGACUCGUCUUCUAGCGACGAUGAAUUCGAUAUGAGCUCAGGACCACUCCUCAGGAGAGGCCGACGAGGUCGCGUGAAAGGAUCACGGGGUAAGAAGAACGCCCGCCGUCAAGAACCACGGAAGCGGGUGGUCCUCAUGCGGAGACGCCUCACUGCUCUUCCAGAAGGAGUGCGAGACCAAGCGUUGGACGCAGAGGAGUGGUCCAUGAUUCAUGAUGACCGUGGCGGCGGUGAUUCUGUCGGCAACCCGGAUGAAGUCCUGGCUGCCAUCAUUGCUGUCCGCGCCUUGCUCGGUGGUAUCGACAGGUCGAUCGACUGGGGACUCCUCGUGCGGCUAUUUCCGGACGUAGAACUGGACAACCUCCGCAAAUUCUGGGUCAGCACACACAAGACACAGACUGCGUAUAUCGCCAAGUACACGCGUGGAUUCCAUGAAAAAUUUAUCCUCGCCUGUGAAAAUGAGGUGCUACCCAUGAUUGACUUCGAUAACCCUCUCGACUACGACUGGGAUUACUUGAUCAAGUGGACCAUGGAGAUACCCGGCCAAGAAGACAUCCACAUCCCAUCAACGAAGAAAAAACUCCGGGAGAAAUACAUCAUUGAGGAUGUCAAGUCCACAGAAGUUGACUGGAGAGAAAAGUUCUUUCACGUCCAAUGCUCUACCUAUGGCAGACUUGAGGUAGUCACGUCGGAACCGGGCACCGUCUCUAUUGGCCGCGCCGGAGAACAGCACAUCCUUGUUGACGAUACCGAGGUGGCGCGAUCGUGGAUCAGAUCUCUCUGCUACACCAGCGAAAUUCAGUAUAGGCCCUCAGACAUCAAGAAGGAACUCCUGAAGUUUUGUCAAGGCGACUCCAAGCAAGCGGCAGCACUUCUCAAGACCGCCAUCGACCAGCUAGCUGAGCAGAAGGUGAUUCAUAAGAGCAAGCCGUCUGCCCUUGGCGGUCGUCCGUAUCGCCUUACAGAGUGGUACGUAAGUUCCCUUGCCAAGCUCUCCCACUGGGCCAAGUACGAGGAGGCUCGCGCCUUCAAAGCACAGCUCGACGCUGCCCACCGCCGUCGCGAGUCGCUGAAGGUUCCGUACGCCGUAACCGACGGUGCAAUGAUGGCUCUGGCCAAUAUGAGCGCCCACGGGCGAGUCAGACUGGCAGCUGUUGACGUUCCCUAUAUACCCUUUGGCUUCGAGCCAGGUAACUACGAGAGUCGCAAGUUCCCCAAGUCGUACUACCACUUUGGCCUCGAGGCCGUGCCCACCGACACGUACCUAUGCAAUGAGGACAUUGAUACGCUGCGCAGCGUGAAACAGGAGUCUGUGCCAACGCAGGGACCCAGCCGUGCACUUCCUCAGUGGGUGGACUUCUUCGGCCAAUGCAGCGUGCCGCGGUGGUGCGAGGUACUCGGCGCCGUGUGUUUCGCCUACUCUACGCGGGGAGAUAUGACACUAUCCACUCUGCGUAGUGCUCUGCAGCCCGUCGUGGAGGAGUUUGAACUACGGAUGAUACUAGAAUGGGGUAGCAAGACAGGGGUUCUUGAGGAGGCGCCACACGGACGGGGGAUGACGGUGGGCGAGUGGUGGUGGUUGGCUGUGCCAUGGCAGAAGAAGAGAGAUGUUGUCGCCGUUUGA